UUAAGGAGGAGGAGGUUCUAUCAUUUAAUUGGUCAAACAAUGUUCUAAUCAACUAAUCUCCCCUCCAAUUCAAAAAACUGUAAAGAAGGAGAGUGUUCUGGCAUUCAAUUAGUCAGACAAUGUUCUCGCAUGCCGUGGUGCAACCACAACUGCAGGCUGUCAGAGCUGUCGGUUGUUAGGACUGUUAGUCCUUUUCGACACGUGUUGAUUGUUCUCCUUGGCUGAUGGCUUUUUCUCCAUCGAGACCGAAGUCAAUCACCUCGGUUGGUUGGCUGCUCGGUUGAGACUAAAGUUGUUAUCCUCAUUUUAUGCCUGAGGUUAAUGCGGUAGGUUUGGCCCGAGUCGAGGUGUCCAAUAUUUCCUCCGGUCACCCUAGAGGCAAAUGGGUUAGAUGAGCCCGGGGCUAUAGUUUUAAAUUUAUUCGAUCAGACCCAUCUCAAGAUUUUAUGCACGUAUGAAUGUCAGGCCCGGUCCAGGUUGACACCUUGGCCCGACCCAUAAAUCUACAGUUAGUAUGUAUACAUUUAUAUAUGACGUACAUGUUUGAAUAAAGUGUAUAACUCCCUAUUUUUUCUUGUACGACAACUAUUUAUAAUGAUUUUGUAGAUGAAAACAAAGUAGUGGUUUUAUUUUUCAAAAAAAAGAAAACAACAACAAAAGAACCUCAUAAUUAGGAAACAGAAAGAAUGACAACAUACCGGGCCGGCGUAGCCUCCAAUCUGACCCUUCCUCAUCGGCUUGGGUUCGGGUCGCAUGCAUUGGUUUUAAAUCGGGCUGGGCUCGUCACUGCUGUGAACCGGCCCAUUUACACUACCAACUCCAUAGCACUCUCCACGUCUCGUCUUAUCACAUUCCUCGCCGUAGACUUUUCCCGAACUACAUACUCAGCCGCAAAACCACGUCUUCCGCCUUCCACCAAAAUCGUCCUCCAAAAUCCUUAAAAGAGGAUGGCGUCGUGGUGGCUGUACCGCCUCCGGUGGUGGUUGGUGGACCACCCAGCAAUCGCCGGCUUCGAAUGGCGUCCCAACGAGACCCCCGGCGCCUCCGUACCCUUCGUCGCCGGCAUCGUCCUCUCCUACCUCUCCCUCACCCUCCUUCUACACCGCGGCCUCCUCCCCCUCCCCUCCCCCUCCGCCGCCGCCCUCCGCCUCGCCUCCUCCGCCCACAACCUCCUCCUCUUCCUAGUCUCCGCGGCCAUGGCGGUCGGCUGCGCCCUCUCCGCCCUUGCCCAGGCCCCCUCCCCCCGCUGGAUAUUCUGCUUCCCUCCCUCCUCCUCCACCCGUGCCGGCGCUGGUCCCGUCUUCUUCUGGGCCCACAUCUUCUACUUCUCCAAGAUCUACGAGCUCCUCGACACCCUCCUCAUCCUCCUCGCCGGCGGACGCCGCCUGACCUUCCUCCACGUCUACCACCACGCCGGCGUCAUCGUGAUGUGCUACAUCUGGCUGGCGGCGGCGCAGUCGCUGGUUCCUGUGGCGCUGGUGACGAACGCCGGGGUGCACGUGGUGAUGUACGCGUACUAUCUGUCGAGCAGCGCCGGGUGGCGGUGGCGGCCGCGGUGGAAGCGGGCGGUGACGGAGCUUCAGAUCGCGCAGUUCGUGUUCAGCUUCGCCGUGUCGGUGGUGUUCCUCUGGUACCAUUUCGCCGGCGGCGGGUGUAGCGGGAUGAACGGGUGGCUCUUCAACGCCGUCUUCAACGCCUCGCUCCUCGCCCUCUUCCUCGAUUUCCACAAUACCUCCUACACCGCCGGCGGCAAGAAGGGCGGCAAGAGGAAGGAGGACAAGGGCGAGUGAUUGGAUUCGGUUUUAUUUCUUCUUAUUCUGAUCAGGAGGUGACGGGAUACGUGCUGCGGGAUUGGUGGGCUUUUCUGUGCGAUGGGGACUGUGGACUUAUUCUUUUGUUAAGCUGUUGUAUUUUAUGAAAGGUGUUCAAAUGUGGUCCAACCGCUCCCUUUUAAGUGCGAUUGAGUUUCUUAUUUGCAAAAAAAGCCCAUUAGGUUACAUCUGCCGAGCUCUUGGGCUCGACUCCAUUUGGGUUAGCGGGGUGGUCUGUGGGCUCUGAGUUGUGGGCUGGACUGGUUAUUGGGCUUCUCUUAUCUAUCCUCUCAUUUGUUGCCCAUUGGUAUGUUUUCUUCCUUUUGGUUAUUAAUGUUACAAAUUGCACAUUAGAGUGCAGAUUAACAGAGAACCCAGAGAUUUGGUAAA